GUAGUGAAACCUUAGAGAGAAGAACAGGGAGGAUGUAUUGGUUGUUAGGAAAAUGUAGGCUGCUGGUAGAAAAUAACAUCCUAUUAAUAGGAUCUAAGUGCUUUCUGGGAAGUGUCUUGACAGAGAACCUGAGCUGGGCAAAGCAUCCUUACUCUGAGUGAGCUAACUGGCACCAUGAAAAUAUCAGGUGUCUUUCUGUUCCUCUCUCUGGCUCUUUUCUGCUUUUUCUCAGGUGUCUUCAGUCAAGGAGAACAGAUCGACUGUGGUGAGUUCCGUGACCCCAAGGUCUACUGUACUCGGGAAUCUAACCCCCACUGUGGCUCUGAUGGCCAGACAUACGGCAAUAAAUGUGCCUUCUGUAAGGCAGUGGUGAAAAGUGGUGGGAAGAUUAACCUAAAGCAUGCUGGAAAAUGCUGACUUAGAGCCCAUGCUUCGUGCUUCUUGCCAGCUCUGUUGUCCUUCUUUUCUCACUUCUGCUUUUACGUUUCUCUAGUGCAUUCCUUACAUUUAUAAAGAUAUACCUUCCAUUAUGCCUGGGUCUUGAGGAGUUCAAUGGAUAUGUCUAUUUCCCUUGACUUGCUUGUCAAUAAAGAAAAUUCUGCAGAAGCA